AAAAGUCCGGCCCGCAGGCGAGCAGCGCCGGGCCACAAGUCUCUGCUCACUCGGGGCACCGCAACAAGUGGCCGCCGCGCCCUCCCCGGGGAAGCCGCGGACGCACGGGGGCGCAGGGCGGAGGCGGAGGCCGAGGAGACGGACAGCCCGGGGCAGGCGCGGCUCGGCUCGCACGGCUGGGGACCGCGGAGGCGCAUGGGGACCCCGCGGCGGUGGAGCGGCGAGUCUAGGGGCGGCACCCGGGCGCGGGCUGUGCGUCGCGCUGCUCCCACUCGCCCGGAGCGCGGAAUCUGAGAGCCCCGGUGGUUGCCCUGGAGCUGGCUCGCCACCCUCGGGGGUGCCAGGAGCGGACCUAGCACCACCCCUCCGGUCGCAGAGCACUGCGGACCCCCAAGCCCAGAUCGGCCGUUGGAAGGGGCAUGUGCAGCUAAGGGUCCGGUCCUGCCCGCUUUCCUCUGCCCCGCCGCCUGGGAGGUGCGCCCCAGCUAUGCAGUGUCCAGGGAGGAGGCGGGCAUGACGGCGACAGGAUGGGCGCGAACAAUGGCAAACAGUACGGCAGUGAGGGCAAAGGCAGCUCAAGCGUCUCAUCCGACGUGAGUUCAAGCACAGACCAUACACCAACCAAAGCCCAGAGGAAUGUGGCCACCAGCGAAGAUUCUGACUUGAGCAUGCGCACACUGAGCACGCCCAGCCCAGCCUUGAUAUGCCCACCGACGUUGCCAGGAUUUCAGAAUGGAAGGGGUUCGUCCACAUCUUCAUCCUCCAUCACUGGGGAGACAGUGGCUAUGGUUCAUUCCCCGCCCCCGACCCGCCUCACUCACCCACUCAUUCGGCUCGCCUCCAGACCCCAGAAAGAACAAGCCAGCAUAGACAGGCUCCCGGACCACUCUAUGGUGCAGAUCUUCUCCUUCCUGCCCACCAACCAGCUAUGUCGCUGUGCACAUGUGUGCCGCCGCUGGUACAACCUGGCCUGGGACCCGCGCCUCUGGAGGACUAUCCGUCUCACUGGAGAGACCAUCAAUGUGGACCGUGCCCUGAAAGUACUGACCCGCAGGCUUUGCCAGGACACCCCCAAUGUGUGUCUCAUGCUGGAGACUGUCAUUGUCAGUGGCUGCCGGCGGCUCACAGACCGGGGGCUUUAUACCAUUGCACAGUGCUGUCCAGAACUGAGGCGCCUGGAAGUCUCGGGAUGUUACAAUAUCUCCAAUGAGGCUGUCUUUGAUGUGGUGUCACUCUGUCCCAACCUGGAGCAUCUGGAUGUAUCAGGGUGCUCCAAAGUGACCUGCAUCAGCUUGACCCGGGAGGCCUCCAUUAAACUGUCCCCCUUGCACGGCAAACAGAUUUCCAUCCGAUACCUUGAUAUGACAGACUGCUUUGUGCUGGAGGACGAAGGCUUACACACCAUCGCAGCUCACUGCACGCAGCUCACUCACCUCUAUCUGCGCCGCUGCGUCCGCCUCACAGAUGAGGGUCUCCGCUACCUGGUGAUCUACUGCACUUCCAUCAAGGAGCUGAGUGUCAGCGACUGCCGCUUUGUCAGUGACUUUGGCCUGCGGGAGAUUGCUAAACUGGAGUCCCGCUUGAGGUACCUCAGCAUCGCCCACUGCGGCCGCAUCACGGAUGUGGGCAUUCGUUAUGUAGCUAAAUACUGCAGCAAAUUACGCUACCUCAAUGCGAGGGGCUGCGAGGGCAUCACGGACCAUGGUGUGGAGUACCUCGCCAAAAACUGUUCAAAACUUAAGUCUCUGGACAUUGGUAAAUGUCCCCUGGUCUCCGACACGGGCCUGGAAUCCCUGGCUUUGAACUGCUUCAAUCUCAAGAGGCUAAGCCUCAAGUCCUGUGAGAGCAUCACCGGCCAGGGCCUGCAGAUCGUGGCUGCCAACUGCUUCGACCUGCAGAUGUUAAAUGUCCAGGACUGUGAAGUUUCCGUGGAGGCCCUGCGGUUUGUGAAGCGCCAUUGCAAGCGCUGUGUCAUUGAGCAUACCAACCCCGCUUUCUUCUGAAGGGACAGCUCCCACUGUGCAAUGAGAACCAAACAGUGCUUUGUAAAAGUGUCCCAUGUAAGCACCCAUACCCAUUCACAGCAGCUAUUUUUCUUUCUGUAAGGUUCUUAGGAGUCUGGCUUUUAUUUUAUUAUUUUUAAUUUCUCAUGAGCAAAAGAGGUCAAAUAAUGAAGGGGAACCCCAAAUUUCUACCAUGGUAAACUAUUUCUAGUCAGUUAAUUUUUAGAUAAAUGUCACAAAGGCUGCACCUCAGCAGGCUGGUUAUUGUGUCUCAAAAAUGCACCUUACCCCCCUUGCCCUCUCCCCUCCUGUCCCCAAGCUACACCCCAGAGUUCCAUACUUUCUUCUUCCAACCAUGAAGCAGCUGCAACAUUGAGCGUUGAGGAAGGCUCUCUAAAGCUUCUCCUUAAACUAUCUGAUGGGCAUAAGCCCCACGCCUAAAUCCCACACCAAGCAAAUUAUGGUUAAAGUACUAUUAACACUUCACAUCAGUGUGCAAAGAGCUUCCCGAUGUUAAUACGUUACGGCGAACCAUAUGGAGUAAGAGGAGACAUGUUUUCUCCCUAGCUCUGCCGGUAACUAGCCUUGUGGCCUUGGUCAAAACCCCUCACCUUGCUGAGAUUUCUACCACCAGAGGCCUGAGGUGAGGGAUUAGCCUUAGGCCCAUUUUCAAACUGAGAGAUGCUCUGCUCAAAGUUGCUACUGAGCAGAAAAGCUCUGUACAAAUCACACACAGGUGGCACUUGUGAGAGAACUGGAUAUGUAAAUGUGUUGUGCGUUCAGGAGGUUCCAUGGGCUCUCUGUAAGUCCACACUGGGUUCUGCUCAGGUCUCCCUUUGCUCUCAUCUGAGAACCAGCACAACUGUAAAGGUGGGCUGGGCUUCUGAACAUUCUUCGCCAUGUUGGAUGCUCAGACUCACAUCCACACAGUGCUCUAGCAUUCCCUUGCCCCUCCACACCCGACUCAGACAGGAGGGUGCCUCAUCACAGGAAGCCCCUAUCUCUGUCAACUUGCGUCCUCUGAGCAUCUUCAAACCCAAGUAAGAACCCUUAUAAAUUUUAAUUAACAAGUGAGGCCCAAGGGAAACACAUGUCCUUAAAGGUCUCCCUAAACUUUCUCAGUGCACAUCUGCUAUGCUUUAGGCACAUCUGUCCUGCAGCCAUCGGGGACAGGUCCCGUGGUUCUUUGUUAUCAACGUUUCAUUGUGGCUUCUCUCUUCUAUUUAUUUCUCCAUCUCACAAAGCCUCCUGGGGUUAAGUUUGUAAGUGUUUAAUUGUACGAAUGCUGCCCACCCUGCUGUCUUCAUGUUUUCUACUAAGGGAUGUGAAACAGAUGUCCAGGUGUUUCAAUAUUGUUCAUUCAAGGUGCCAGGCACAGAGAAGAGGCGACACACUGGUGAGACAGAAGCUGAUCCACCCACCACAGUCUUGGAACAGAAUAUUACAAUCAUUUCAAAUUUUGAAUUUUAAGUUGAUGGACUCUUAAGUGGUCCCUUCUGAAUAGAAACCAAUUUGCUAGUUUUGGUUUUGUUUUGUUCUGUUUUUAAGGAAUCAGAUAGCCAGAAAAAAAAUUGCUAUUGCUUGUUUUCAUGAACUCCAGUUGUCUCUUUUUAGUAAACCCAGGACUUUCCACAAUGUCUUCUCUGGCCUUCCCCAUCACUGGACAGUUCACCCAUCUUCUCCAAGUGUUUAUCCCCCAGCCCAAGCCUUUCCUGCUGCAAGCCAAGCGUGCUACAUUUGUUACAGACCAAGCUUAUACACAGCUCGACAACUGCACUCCCACUGUAGGCUCCGGUGUGUACUCUUGUCUUGUGUUGGGAAGGGGAAGUGAAGUGAUAAGCUAGAAUUUUUUUCAGGGGGUUUCUGUCAUUGAUCCUGUGAAUCACAGUUUACUGUUCAGUUCACACCAUCAUCAGGACAGAUGGCUGUUCACAGGUAUCAGAAAAGAAAGUGAAAAAUUUUGGCUGGGGACAGAAUCUAGGGACAGCCACCCAGAUUAGAAUCAUAAAAGAUAUUGAAAGUAGCACCCCUCUGCUCUCUGGCCUUGGCUUUACCUAAAUCUUGUGAUUCGGAGAGUCACAAUAGCUUAUCUGUAACCCUUGACACUGGGACGCACCAAAUGAUCUGGUUCAAUACUCCCAGAAUGAGCAGAGGGUCCAAUGUGGAUCCCUGAGCCAUUUUGAAUAAUUUUAUCACCACUGACCGAGUACAUCAUCUGAACUCUCUGUCAUGUGAGACCCAAAGGACGUUUCCCACUUGCUGCCUGCCCAGCACAUAUGUCUUUCCCAGUUUCUCCCUUCCCCAUCUUCUUCAUGCUCUCUGCUCUCCACCAGGGUGGAGGUAUGGAUCUGUGACAAAGGUUCUUGGGAACAGCUCAGCAGAUUUUUGAGACCAAUCAAAUGGCCUCAUUAAGAACUUUAUCUGUUUGGAAACAUGGCUUCCUUCCUGGCUCUGCUAAACUGAAAGCUCAUUUGUUGUUGCUGUUGUUGUUGUUUGUUUGUCCAUUUCUCUUUAAUUCUAAUGUUCAAAUCACGUCGUGCUGUAUGACUCUAGAAAGCCUUAAUUUACUUCCACCAAGAAAUAAAGCAAUAUGUUGGUAA